AUGGCACAAAAGUUCCAAACCUUUUGUAAUUGUACCCAAAAAGAGCUACAGUACCAGUUGGAAUCCGAAUGUGGUCACGUCUUAAGGCAGAUUCUGAGUCGUAUCGAAACGAUAAAUGUCGUCACUACGACAACAUUGGACCCACUGGUCGAGGCAGAACGACAGAAGAAUGCGGAUCUGUUCAGUAUCGCCAUUCUGAGUUUGUUCGCCAGCAUUAUAUUGUUGUUGAUGAUACGGGCUAUUAAGCCGAGCGAAAGCUUGGAUGAUCAGGUAAGGGUUUGAUUUUCUUUUAUUUUUAACAUUUUAGGGGUAGAUAUGAAUUGAACAUGGCUAAAGAAGAGGAGAAUGAGGGAGGGGGAAGGAAAGAAAGAAAGGGGGGGGGGAAGGAAGGUGAAGGAGGGGGGGGGGAGGGGGAGGGGGGGGGGAGGAAGGUGAAGGAGGGGGAGGGGGAGGGGGAGGGGUGAUUUCGAUAUGGAUAGUAGAAGGUACGCUUACUUAGCUAAAUAUGAAUACGUAGGCUAAGGCAAGAGUGGUUUAGUCAGGUAAGAUUACCUAGAGUGAGGUCAUCUAGUUAGACUUGGCUAGCACAGGGAAGAUAUAUACAUAUAAGUGCCGGCAUAAAAAACCCGCCAUAUUUUGCCUGUAAUUUCCUGUAAAAAAUAGCGGGUUCUUUAUGUCGGCACUUAAUAGAUAUGUCUAGAUAAGGCGAUUCAGUUAAACAUGACUAGAAGAAGGAGCAGUUGUUUAGUUAGACGUGGCUAAUACAGAACAUGGUGAUUUAGCUAGAUAUGGCUGUGUAAGCUAAGGAAGGUAACGGUGGUAUAGUUAGAUAUGGCUAGAACAGAAUGCGGUAGUUUAGUUAGAUAUGAAUAGGACUAGCUAAAGCGGUUCAUUUGGGUAUAGUUAGGGCAAAGAGAAUUGUGGCUAGGACAGAAUAGAGCUCUGAACUAAGGCUCUGGGCUAAAGUUCUGGGCUAGGGCUCUGGGCUAAAGUUCUGAGGUAGGACUCCGGGCUAGAGCUCUGGGCUAGGGCUCUGGGUUAGGGCUAGGGCUAGAGCUCUGGGCUAGGGUUCUGGGCUAGGCCUCUGGGCUAGGGCUCUGGGCUAGGAAUCUGGACUAGGGCUCUGGACUAAGGCUCUGGGCUAGGGUUUUGGGUUAGGGUUUUUGUAUGUCAUUAUGAAAAGGCUUUUUUAUUUCAUUAUCAAACAAAAUUUUAGGUAACAAACAUGUUGACGUCAAUGCGAGCAAAAUGUGAUUUCGAAGACGAGAUUCGGCAUAAGAUGAAGUUAAAAAUGGCGAAGGAUCGAGCUCAAAAAUGGUUGAACAAUGCCAAAGCCAAAAGCAUAAGUCGGGUUCGGAAUCUGUCGUUUCGAGGACGGAAUAGGGCUGGUAGUGCUGAUGGUGAGUUAAUAUAUAGCAGUUAUGCCUAGGUGUCGUAGUUUGAUACACUUUUUAUAGCUAUCAACAGCUUAUUUGUUACCUAAAAUAUUAACUUUAGUUUAAAAUUUGUUACCUAAACUUCUUUUAUGUUGAAACUUGUUACCUAAACUUCAUUUCAGUGCCCCGUUCUCUUGGUUUGGACAGUUUGUCAGUGAAAAGCCAGCAGUUUUUUCCCAACUAUGAUGACAUUAACUAUCGUCAACGGGCUGCAAGUUAUCAGUUUCUGCCUCAGAUCGUGGUGGAAUCUGCCAAAGAUACUAAAGAUGUCACGGUGGGCUACAGAGAUGAUAGUAAUGGCACGAUGAGCUACAGAGAUAACAGUAAUAGCACGGUGGGCUACAGAGACAACAGUAAUAGCACGGUGGGCUACAGAGAUAAUAGUCAUAGUACGAUGAGCUACAGAAAUAACAGUAUUGGCACGGUCGGCUACAGAGAUGAUAACAAUGCCAUCAUAAGCUACAUAGAUUCACCAAAUGACGCCUUAGGCUACAAAGGCUCAGAUGAUGGCACGAUGAGCUUCAGAGAUUCUUCUACUGGCACGAUAAGCUACAGACACUCUCAGGAGAGCAUGCUGGGAUUCAGAGGGUCAAGAGCAAGCACGAUGAGCUCUAAAGGCCUUCAAGAUGGUACGGUGAGCUACAAGUACGACCAAGAUGGCACAAUGAGCUACAAAACCUCCCAGAACAGUCUCAACAGCUACAAAUCAAGAAGCUCACAGAAGUCAAACGAUACAAAGAUCGAUAUUCCAGAAUCCUUCUACACACCCAGAAGCUUUAGCCACCAGAACUCUUCAGAAUACAAUGAAGGUGCUACGACGUACGUUAACAGUAGAGACAAUUCCAUGGAGAAUCCGGAAGGCUACGCUGAGAGCUUCGAUUCGUACGAUCGGAAUCUGAAAAGAACUGCCAAAAACCUUCAGAAUCCUCGAAUUUUGGUUGAAGAUUCUGAUGCGUACGGUGGGAGUAGUAGAAGAAAUUCUGAAGCCCACGAUGGGUACAGUCAAAGAGAUUCUGAAGGCCAUGACAAGCACGGCGAAAGAUAUUCUGAAGCCCACAGUAUAGACAAUACAAGACCUUCUAAAGUUUAUGACGAACACGGUAGUACUCCUUCUGCAAGCAACAGUAAAAACUUCAAACCUCAUUCAGAAGGGAACAGAAAACAUCGUAGGAGAUCGUCCAGAAGCCUAAUGAAUUAUCAUGAAGAUUCAGAUGACGUGGAACAAAGUCUACUUGAAGAUUCUGAAAAGCACGGUAGAGGUGGCCAGAAUUCAGAACGACACGGUAGAAGUAAUCAAGAUUCUGAAAGGCACGGUGAAGGUAGUCAGGAUUCAGAAAAGCACGGCAGAGGUAAUCAGAAUUCUGAAAGACACGGUAGAGGUAGUCAGGAUUCCGAAAAGAGCAGUAGAGAUGGUCAAGGUUCUGAAAGCCACGGUAGGGGCAAUCUGGAUUCAGAAAGGCACGGUAGAGGUAGUCAAGGUUCAGAACAUAAUGAAGCUCAUGCUUCGGGCUAUUAUGAGAUUCAGGAGAAUUCAGAAGGCCUACAACAUUAUGAACAAGAUUCAGAAAGCCUGCAACAGUCAUUUCUACAAGACUCAGAAGGUCUACAGCAAUCAUUCCGCCAUGAUUCAGAAGAUCUAGAACAAAGUUUUCGACAAGCUUCAGAAGGUCUACAACCAUCUUUUCGACAAGAUUCGGAAAGCCUACAACUAAGCCUUCUAGACGAUUCAGAAGCCAAUGAAUCAGGGGACAACUCAAGAAGAACCGACCUUCCCAGUUCAUCAACUCAAAGUCUAAUUGAUGAUUCAAGUCUAAGCGAAGAAUCUUCAGAAUCCGUAGCGCUUGACCCGUUUUUAGAAUACUCGAACAAGUUUUAA